UGGAAGAGCAGUCAGCACUGAGCCAUCUCUCCAGCCCUAGAGUGUAUUUUUGUUUUUAUCCAGGGUACAUUGUCUGGCUGGCUUUCUUGAAAAGUUGAAUCCUUUCUAUUGCCAAAAGCAUAAAUACCACACCAGUUAUAUAUUCCAAAAAAAAAAAAAAAAAAAACCAGAAAGAUCAGGUCCUUUCUUAAAGAGAUGCGUCAUUGAAUAAGAAAGAAAUAAGAAAUAAUAUUUUCCACCAAAUGUUCUCAGAAAAUAGCAUAUUCCAAAUUCUAUUUUUUAAGAUUCUUGGUUAUUUUUAAUUUCCUGUAAUUUUUAAAAAUUAAAAUCUCAUCUGAUGCCUAUCACCAAUAAGAAAAUAAAUUUUAAAAAAUGUGUGUCAGUAUUUUAAGUUUCUGAGAACUUUGUCUGCAUAUGUGUAUGGGCACCACACAUGUAGCUGGUGCACUUGGAGGGCAGAAGAGAGCAUCGGAUGCCUUAGAACUGGAACUUCAGGCCUUUCUGAGACACAUCUGUGGUGCUGGGAACCAAACCUAGGUCUGCUGCAUGGUCAGCAAGUGCUCUUAACGAGCAACCUGUCCAGCCCCAGUGAAGAAACACUUAAAUAUGUAGUAACUUUAAUUAUGUCUUAAUUUAGGAAAAUGUCCGAUACGGAGGAGAAUGUCCUUGACUCCCCGGCCAGUGGUGAAGCGGCCGAAGUCAUCAGUAUUCCUGGCCCUACAGACGAAGCAGAAGAAUCAGAUAUCUCACCAGACCAAGAAUACGAAAUAGAGGAAUUCACAACCGAGAGUGAUGAGACAGUGGACCACUACAGUGAUCUCAGUGUUUCAACCCCCCAAUCUUACGACUCCAAACCCAGGGACGAGGUCGUGUCCCUUGGAAGUGCCACAGACUCUCAUGAGCAAGAAUACAGACUUGGAGAUCUUGGAGAUGACCGGAGAUCAGAAGAGGACGAGAUGUCAUUUCUUUAUAAAAUCAAAGCUAUAAAGGAGAGCUUGCAGUCGUCAGUGAAAGACUGUAUAGCCACAGUAAAAAUUGUACUUAUUCCUGCAGGCCAGGAAAUUGUAAUGCCUUUCAGAGUUGAUGCUCCAUUUAGAUUCCUCAAGGAGCACUUUGCACACUUAUUACGUAUCCCCCAUCAUGUAUUGCAAAUGGCCUAUACAGGUAUCAGUGUUGGGAAUAAUGAGUCCCUGAUACAAUACGGAGUCAAACCACGGGAAACCGUUCAAAUGAAUGUAUAUUCCUCAGAACCCGACCAAUAUCCAGUCAGAAGAAUAGAGGGCUUGAGUGAGGGCUCCAAGAUCAUAACGGUCACCAUUCAGACCGGCAUCGAACGCUACGAGGAGGUAGCUGUGGAGAUAGUAAAAUCUGACUUCCACAAGCCAUUUCUUGGUGGAUUUAGACAUAAAAUAACAGGACUAGAAUAUCACAAUGCUGGAACACAAACUGUACCCAAGAAGAUUCCGGAAAAAGACAAUCUGUUCUGUAGGGACACCCAGACAGUUUAUCAGAAAAGGAAGCUGCAACAAACUUUGAAUACCACCUCCACUCAGAUGACUAAAAUCGGUGUAUACGUAUCAAACAUGACUGAUAAACUGCUCACGCCAGGAAGUUACUUUUCAGCUGCAGAGUACCACGCUCGAAGGUUGAACGCGGUGAUAGUGAUUCAGACCGCCUACAGGCGAUGGCACGCUAAGUGCUAUGUCGACAGCCUAAGACUACAAAAGAAAUUGAGGUUGGAGUGGGAAAAAGAGGAAGAACUCAAGAAGAUCCGAGAGAAGGAAGAAUGGAUACGAAUGGACUAUUACCGGAGGCACAAUCCUAAAACAACCGAAGACUUUGAGCUCCUUUUCAAUGCUCUAGAACUUUGGCGUCACGAAGAAGCCACACAAGUUGAGCAAUAUUCAAGUGAGGCUGAGAGGAAAGCUGCUCUGUGCGAGCUUUUGGAAAAAGAGACGCAGAUAAUUGCUUCCAUCGGGAGACAUAGAUAUGUCGCUCAGUUGGAGAGACAGGAUGCAGCUACACAAGCUUUUCUGGAUAAGUGUUCAGCUUCAAAUACCUGGAGAAGACCGGAUGGCCAAACCGUUGAAAUGGACACACAGUUCACAAUAAGAGCCAGAGAGCUGCAAAGCAUCUACAAGUGUAUCUUGCUGAAAAACCUCUCUCAAGACGAGAGGCUGGAUAUACUCCUGACGCUGAAGCACACUGUGAAGGAACAUGAGUGUAAACUGACCCAAGAAAUCCUAGAAUUGAUUGACAGAGAAGUUGACCUUAUGAUGAGAGGAGUUAAACCUCAUAAUCUCGAAGGACUCAGGAAAAGAAUCACAACACUCUUUAUUCACUAUAUCAAAACUCCUCUGUUUAACCCAGAAGUCGCAAAACACCUUAAGGUCCCUCAAGACCCACUGAAGUUUUAUGAUAAGAUUUACUUCUGCCACAGUUGCCAAAUGUAUUUGCCUUCUGUCGAGUUUUCCGUCUCACCCACCUCGCAUCGUGUGUACCGCUGCCGGCACUGCGUAAACCUGGAGAAUGAGACUCAGAAGCGGGAAUCAUUUUUGAAAUACAAGUGUUUACUUCAGCGGCUCUACUUCUCAGAAGCCAAUUAUGAGGAUAACUCCCACAUUGCUUAUCUAAUGCAGCUUCAGGAUAUUAAGUACUUGACAGAGAACAUCUGGGCAUCGCAGUCGGCCCUCAGCGCCUGGGAUGACCUCAAUGACCUGGUCAUGGUCAGGUGGAACAAACACGUGGAGUGGUCGCCCUGGAACUGCAUUCUGCUCACCAAGGAUGAAGGCACAGCUCAUCUCAAGCUAGAGAGCAUUGAGAAGGGAUAUGGACGCCUUUUUAUUCACAAGAUCAAGCACAAACAUAUCUUGGCUAAAAACUAUUUUUCACAGGUCCCAGUGCUGGCUUCACUUAUACUUAAGGAUGAUGAAAUAGAAGGUAUCAGAAGUAAAUACUCCACAGAGAAUCCUCCUAAAAUCAUAGUACCCCAUGGGAUUGUACCUAAUUAGAGUCAGGAAUGUCGAUUUGAUGAUGAGCAUUUUUGUUCUUUACGAAGAGAAUAAUACAAAGGUCAUGUAACAUGGAAAACCACCUAUAAAUUUCUAUUUCUAUUAUUUAUUUUACUCACAAUAUUUUGUUAUAUGAAGAGAAAACAUCCGUAUACAAGAACCCGUGUUAGGUGGUUUGGAGUCUAUAAAUUUGAUACUAAGAUUAAUAGUGAAAGAGAACACUUUUAUUUUUAUCCAUUUUCAUUUGAGGAAAAGUGCUUUGUAGUCAAAAUACAUCAGUGAAACAAAACCUUGGCUUAAUCUUCUGUGAAAGUAAUUUACUUAUUUAACAUAUAUUUUAUGAGUAUAAUCACUAUAUACGUAAGCCUGUAUUUUGAGAUAAGUAGUUGAAUAUUUUACUUUUAUUGUCUACUUUUACCUGUUAACUGCAUAAUACAACAAAAGAAACUGUAACAGAUAAGCAUAAAUCUGCAUCGCACGCCAUGAAACAAGGCAAACAGUGGAAAUGUCGUGUUACAUGCUUCCUCCGGGGAAGUGUUGAGAUUCUGUAAGAAGCAUAAACUUGAUAAAUCAACUGUCCACUGCUUCUCAAUAAAGUAAGCAAUAACUCUGACUCCA